AUUUUAGUGAGAAGCAGAUUCCGUCAGACCGAGCUCCAGCUGCAGAUGUGAAGGGGUUGGCAGGAAACGGGAAGAUCGUGGUAGACUACCUCGAGUUGAAUCUGAAAGUCGAUCAAACCGAAGCUGAAGUUGGAUCAAAAGGAGAAAUAAAGCUUCAUCAGACGCGAUGCAAGAACGUGAAGAAUCCGCAGGAAGGAGGAGAAGAAGAAGUAUGGAUUAUCCUAUAAACAUGUCAGAGGUGAGACUGGUUGUUGUUGGGAGGACUGGAUCAGGGAAGAGCUCCAGUGGAAACACCAUACUGGGAGGACCAAUCUUCACUGCUGACGUCAGCCAUCUGUCAGUCACUAAACAGUGCUGUAAGCAGACAGGUGAGGUGUGCAACAGGCAGGUGACCAUCAUCGACACUCCCGGCCUCUUCGACACUUCGCAGGAGGAUGAAUAUGUGAAGCGAGAGAUCGCCAAAUGCAUCAACAUGUCGGCCCCGGGGCCCCACGCCAUCCUGCUGGUCAUCAAGCUGGGGCCUUUCACAGCAGAGGAAAGAGACGCUGUCGGGAAGGUGGAGGAGAUCUUUGGAGAGGAUGCCUGGAAGUACACCAUCGUCCUCUUCACGUACGGAGACCGAGUCACGUCAGACUUCAAACAGCUGGUGGAGAAGGCUGGACCCGAGCUGCAGGCGAUCCUGAAGAAGGUGGCGAACCGGUACCACGUCUUCAACAACCUCAAAGCCAACGAUCGCGGACAGGUGCUGGGCCUGCUGGAGAAGGUGGAGGAGAUGGUCGGUGCCAACGGAGGACAGUUUUACUCCAACUACACCUAUGAGGAGGUGUCUAAGAUGCUGCUUAAGAGAGAGAAGGAGCUCAGAGAGUUCUACGACAAGAAACUGGAGGAAAGCAUCAAAUCUGUGGAGUCAAAGUACGAGAAGAAGUUGAGUGAAGCUCAACAGGAACGCCAAAAGGUGGAGAACAGUCUGCAGUCUGAGCUGCAGGAGGUGAAGCGGUACUAUCAUGCUUUAGAGAGAGGAGUCCGUCACGUUGUAGAGCACACAGUGAAGGAUGACUCCAUGGAAGACAUUCUCAAGUUUCACGAGGCCCUGAAACUAAACUAAACUCAGCUGUCUUCAUCUGGACAGACUCAUAAUAUAAUGUUAUAUAAUAUAACAGCAGCUUGUUCAGUUUGUUUUAAAUGAUGAGUUUAAUACUGGAAAUAGAUGCAGAAAACUCAACAUGUGAUCAGAACUCUGUCACAUCCUUGAUCUUUACACUGAAAAACAUAAAGCCACUGUAGCACAAGUCUAAAAACAACAAAGAAUAUCUCCUUUGGAAAUAUCUCUUAUUAGAGGUCUUUAUUCCAGUUUGAUAAAGCCAAAGUUACAUUCAACCAUCUUUCAUUCACCUGACACACAGGUAAACCUCCACAUCCCCAGUUCAUAACUUUAUUUCAUCUGUUGGUUACACAAUGAUCACGGAAUAGUGAUUUCUCCCCUUGUAUCAUAUUUUUUUUAACAUUCCAGGCAUACGUACUUUAUAUUUACCAUUUGUACAAUAAAUUGUCAUUAAAUCCAUUCAUCCAUCAACCUCACCCUCAUCCACAUGCACACGCAUAAACACUGUACACAAUUUAUCAACGGAGUCAUGUUUAAAGGCCGCUUGCCUUCACAUUUAAUAUCCAUGAGUCGAGGAAAGACCAAGCAGAGUACCAUUUGCUUUUUUUCAAGUUCUGACCGCUGCGAGCUGAUUUGUUCUUAGAGCCGAAUGGAGAAGGUGACGUGCAGAUAUAUUACAGACUGAAACCUCUUACGUGUUCAGAGGACCCUGGUCCGGUAUUUCAGGAAGAAAAGGAAG